AGGAACGUUCUUCUUCGACGUCUUCUGCGUACAGUUUUUUUCCUGAAGGAGGGCGCCAUCACCAGGAAGAGUACCUCUUUUCAUUUUAAAGUAAUUUAUUUAAAAUAAAAAUAACAGUCAGAGCGAUAAUUAGUUAUUUUAUUCAGCACACAGCGCUUGGCUCACAAAACAGGAAAUCAAACAGCAGAGUUCUGCCUUCGGUACUCUACGUAUCUUUCAUCGUUGUAUAUUUUUACAUUGUAUAUUUUAAACCAUCAAUUAAUAUAGUAAGAAAUGACUCUGUAUAUGGCUUUUCGACAAAAAACACAUUUAUUUUUUAUUUAAAAUUGAAAAAAAUAAAUACAUACACGAAAAUCAGCCUUUAAAGAGAUAUUUUUAUGGUUGUACCACGUGACCCGGCUGUCAAAUAUGGCCCCCUCCUACUGGGUGUGAGAGAAGGUACAGCUGACAAAGGAAAGGAAUCUCUCUUAAAAGACGGCACCGCUUCCCUUUAUGACACACUGUCUUCAUUAUAAGACUGCACUAAUGUGGUAAGUUUGCUCGUUUUUGUAAAUGUGGGUUUUAUUUCCUCACCACCUUCUAUUUUGUGCAGUGUGUCAUUGUGCUAACUCGGUGGAGUCAGCUGUAUUUUUGCCGUCGGCAGAGGUUGCAGCAUCCUUGGCUCUUUUAGAUGGACGCAGAUAUCACUUUGGUGAGGGUCAGCUGGCCCCUUUCACAUGUAUUAGCAUAACUGUGAGAAAUUACUGGAAGAUUUUGUUGACAGACUUUGUGGUCAGGCGGAAAACUAAAAUUACCCCAGCGUUCAACUCCACCGGAUCUAAAGGUCUAUCAGCUGAUGCAGAAAGAGCGUUCAUGUCUUCUGUGAUCUCAGUCUUGUGCGUGUACAUCUUAGUGGAGUUCACGCUGAGUGGGUGAAUGUUCAUUGCUGACAUAGGUUAUGAAAUAGUAUGACCAAGGUUCACAGUUUGGAUGAUAAGUAGCUCACCCAGUAUGACACAUAAUGUAGUAUUUAUCACAUAGGAGUUUUAAACACGAUUAUUUUCCUACCCUUUAUGCUCAUCUUAGUAGUAGCUUUACAUGAUAUACAGAUUUUUAAGAAUUCUUAACUUAUCUCAGACUGGUGUCUGUCAACACCCUCAUUUCAGCCACUAUCUAUCAAGUCCCCCCCAUCACUUCAGAACCCUCCUCCACUGUUGUCAUGCCAAAAAGUUGUUUUUCUUUAUCUUAAGUGACAAGUAAAUGUGGCCAUUUGUGUGUGGGGACACCCAUCCGACCCAUAAAUUUUGGAAAGGGACAAAAAAUAAUCCCUAGCAACAAUUGCCUUGAAUGCGUAGUCUCAGCCACUGUCUUUUUACAACCCACCAGCACUCUAGAAUACCCCUCUACUGCUGUCGUGCAACGAAGUAGUGUUUCUUUUUUUAAUAACACAUAAUAAAACAUUGCUACAUGUUUGGGACCUCCAUUUAUGUCAGAAAAUUAUGGAAACAUUUUGCUCCCUCUUGAUUCUUAUGUGACUUUUUUAAUAAGUCACAUCAGAGCAGUUUGUCGUCCCAUUCAGGAAUUACUCCAACGUACUUUUACCUCACAGUUCGAAACUCUCCCAUGUUUAGUACUGAGACCCAACAGUUUAACUUAAAGAUGUGGUAGGCAGGAAUCCAUUAAAGAAGCAUCUUUUUUGUGGUGUAUAUACAAAAAAGCUUUUAAUAUCAGUCAAUAGCUAUUAGUCAUUGAUGAAAUUUUGUAAUAUAAUGAUCCCGCUGUGUUUUGUUAUGUCUGUGUAGUCAACAUUUUAAAUUUUUUGAGCGCUCCGCUCUUUCUGACUGUAAACAAAGCCAUUCUCCGCCUCCCACAGUCUGAUUAGUUGUGAGGCGGACGCUGCUCCCCCGUGUCAUUCAUGAGCCAAAAUUAUGUUAGUGUGCGACAAUAUCAGACAGUAGAAACCAACCAGAAAGUACAGAAAAUUGUCUAAAUCGUCCUUUGGCCAAGCAAGAAAACGAAGUAAAUACCGGAGACUCUGGUGGAAUAACGUGCACUUAAAAAGGAGGUAGACCAUCCAGACAAGAGCUAAAAAAGCUGGGUCAACAAUGAUGGGGGACGCUUUGGGAUCUUACGGACCCUGUAACCUUUCUGCUGGACAGGUAAACCACUUUAACAAAGUAAGCCAAGUGUCUGUAACAGAAGUGUUUCUUGUCAAACGGGACCUGCUGCGUGUUGUAGCGCCGCUAAACUGUUGACCUCGGGUCCUGGACUAUGUCACUUUAUCCUAGUUGUAGAAGUCCUGCAAACAUUGUGUUUGCUGGUAGUCUGUUGGCAUAGUAGUACCAAUGCUAUUUACUUUAAAGUUGACUGGGCUCCCUUUGUAUUUAUCUGCAUUAUAUCUGAAUUAAAUUGGAACGAUACGAGCGUCUGUUUUUGGGCGGGGCUUGCUGGAGCAGAGAAGGAGGGGAGAGGAGGAGCUGAGGGGAAAACUGGUUGGGAGGGGCAGAGUUUACAUUCAAGAUUUCUCCCAAAAGCUGGCACUUCCGCAGAUCCUGCCUACCCCACCUUUCAUUUGUAAAAUACGAAAACACAUGUCACACCUUAGUACAAUGUCUUGAAUGGACAUCUCAUUGUUUUUAUUUUCCCCUUUUUUUGUAGAUAUCCUGAGAGAGUGAAAAAUGCCUGCUAAAUGAUGAAGUGUGCCAGAGAGAGGAACUGACAGGAGAAGGCCUUCAUUGUUGCAGACCAUCUGUUCAGAUCAACCCUCCUCCGUCCCUCCCUGCCGGCCUGCCUCCAUCCACCCCGCAGCCAUGCAGAUCAAUCCAGUUUAUGUGGAGUCCUCUGUAGUUCUGGCAGUGGUGCUCUGCGUCCACAUGGCAGUGUGGAACCAGCACUCAUGGUGCAACAUAGCCCUCUUCAUCCAGGCUUUCUACGUCCAGCACAAAUGGGACCGUCUGCUCAGAUCAGGGGCGGCCGUUUUCCAGUUUCGUCCUUCAGCGAGCAGCGGCAUCGUCCCUGCCUCCAUGGUGAUGCCUUUACUGGGCCUGGCACUAAGAGAAAGGUGCUCCGCCUCAGGGAAUGUCUACUUCGAGCGCUUCUCCAUGGUGAUCACCAUAACAGGCAUGAUGCUGGCUCUGUUUCUCUCCCUGAUUGCUCUGGGAAUCACAAGACCUGUGCCCACAAACACUUGUGUGAUCGCAGGUCUGGCUGGCAGCGCAAUACUCUACACUACCAAACAAACGCUGACAGUGUCGGAGGUCAUCGAGGUCCUGGAGGUACUGCUGAUCUUUGUUUAUCUCAGCCUGAUUGUGCUUUACCUGCUUCCACGCUGCUUCACACCUGGGGAGGCCCUUCUCGUGGUCGGAGGAAUCAGUUUCAUCGUCAACCAGCUUAUCAAACGCUCUCUGAACUUGGCAGAGGUCAAAGGUGAUCCAGUGAACUAUUUCCUGCCUGUCGUGGUGGUGGGCUCGCUGCUGCUGGGAGUUUUCUUCGCCCUGCUCUUCUGCUUCAUGGAGUCUGAGACCUGGGUGUCGUCACUGUUCUUCCACAUGAUGACAGCUGUUCUGGGUCUGGGGAUCCUCAUGCCAUGGCUAUCCCUAUUCAUUGGGCGACACCCCAUCAUGUGGCUGCUGGACUUUGCCAUGUUGAAUGACAAAAGACUUUGUCUGCUGGGGUACUGGGUGUUUCUGGCCGUUGUGGCGACUUGUGUUGUGUUACACCAGAACCAUCAGCGACAAUCGGGAUCCAAGAAGCACCAGGCCUCAACAGUCGUUAGGAAGUACUUCCACCUGAUUGUCGUGGCCACAUUUGUCCCAGGGUUGAUAUACGACAGGCAGCUCCUCCAUGUGGCGUCUGUGGGCUGCUUGGCAAUUUUCUUGUUCCUGGAAUACGUGCGUUACUUUCGGAUCCGGCCACUCGGUCAGCUUCUCAGGCAGAUGCUCACCUUGUUCCUGGAUGAGCGGGACUCUGGGCCACUUAUCCUGACCCACAUCUACCUGUUGCUAGGCAUGUCCCUGCCUAUAUGGUUGUUUCCAGGACCCUGUGCCCCUAAGGGGACACUUCCAGGUGCAGGUGGGCUGGUGCCUUAUGCAGGUGUGCUGGCAGUGGGGGUUGGAGACACCGUGGCGUCUGUGUUCGGCAGCACCAUGGGGGAGAUCCGUUGGCCUGGGACAAAAAAAACCAUGGAGGGGACUGCAACAUCUGUGUUCGCCCAGAUCAUAGCAAUAGCUAUGUUUCUCAUUUUUGAUGGGAGCAUCAACCUGAACUCCACCUACUCAUGGAUUGUGGGCUCCGUCACUCUAGUGGCCAUGCUUGAGGCCUACACCUCCCAAAUAGACAACCUCCUCCUCCCACUCUACCUCUUCAUCCUGCUCUUGCUUUAGGCAGACAGAUGGCACAAACAAAAACAGAUCCCUCCCACUGUCCUUAGCUCUCGCUGAGGGGGGCUAAAAAAGAUAAAUUUGGAAAAAUAAAGUGCAAGUAUGUUAGUUAAUGUAAUAGAAGUACCUUUAAAAAAAACAGUUAAAUCUUUUUUUUCUAGCACAAUAAACAAUGUUUAAAAUCUAACAGAUUAGUAAAACUGGGUACACCAAAUAAAGUCUGCUUUAGGAGGCAAGAGACAGGAUGUUAGCAUGACUUUAGCGCCUGUUACCUUUAGAUUACACAUAUUUUUAGCUGCUUGAGGAAUGAAACAACCUUUACAGAAUAAGUUGCAGAGAAACAUGAAUAAAAGUUGCUAAAAAUUAGUCUGUAUUAACCCUGGAGGAGUGCCGCUGUCUCAACUGUAAGGUACCUGACCGCCGACACCCAUUCCUCCUGAAUUAUGCAACAGGAGAUAGUUUAGCAAAGUGGAAAAACGUCCUUUAAACACUCAGAGAACCCUAGACAGAACAGACGCUGCUAACAUAUCUCGAUCAUCGGUGAGAAUGAUUUCCUCUUUUUCCCAGAUGGAUUCAUGCCUUUGUAUUGCCUUUGAAGAACAUUCUUUAAGCCUAUUGAAACAUCCUUAAUUGUUUUUGUGAUUCGAUUAUUUUGCCUCCCUGAUGGCAAUAUGAAGGACUCAACUGCUGAAAGCAUUUGCCUUAAGAUGUAUCUUUUCUACACACAUUUCACUCAUGAACCACUGUUGUAAAUGCUGUAGAUGAAAGCAUGGCAGCCCCUCUACUCUUCUUAAUAAGGGCUGAUUUACACUUUGCAAUGGCAGAAGUCAUUAUGCUCAUGCAUGACACUAAUGUGAAAUACGGUACUGUAACACAUACACAGGUAUCCUACAGUAUAUGUUUUUGUUAAGUAAGUUUGCUGACUGUAUAUUUGCUUUUGGGACCCUUUAAGUUAGCAGUACAUGUCCUGGUUAUUCUGAGCCUUCAAACCCUGCAGAGUUUUGGACUCUGUUGACGAGCCCUUUAUUUUUUAUUUUUUGCUGCAUUCAAUUUUUGCUUUGAAAAAGUUAUCUAAUAGUGUCAGGUUGCAUUUCAUCGUUCUUUGAUGAAAAUUCACCAAAACUUGUAUUCAGCAUGAAAUUUCAGCCUUUUGAUCAAUUUUCAUCUUUCAAAGUUAUUUAUACUUCAACAGCAUGAUCUUUCUAGUUCGUUGUUUUUACCAUCACGGUUACAUUUCAGAAAUGUAAUAUUGCAUGUUCAGUGCAUCAGAUGAAAGGUUAAUAAAGUUCAAUAUGUUUAUAAACCCAUUAUGAAGCAAAAUCUUCAGGACUGAGUGAUUUUUCCUUGAAUUCAUGUUUUUUUCCAAAUUUAUUUUUCAUUAUUAGAUAUGAUAUUGUGGUACUUUAUUGUUCAUAUGUACAUGCUUUUGUUGUUAUUUUUUUUUAAUUUAUGAUGCGUCUUACAGAUGAAAAUACUUGAACAAUUAAAAAAAACACUUGUCUGUAAUAAUUUGACUCUGUUAUCUUAUUCUGAUGCAAAUCAAAACAGAGAAUCAUGAAGAUGAAUAUCUGUGGUUGGAGUUGCCAAAUAAAAAUGUAUCUACAACUGUCAGAUGCAGAGUGAAAUAUCAGUGAACAGAGAUUCAAAAAUCAUUUUUUAUUCAUCAACAUUUCCUGUCUAUUAAAAAUAUUCAUUUAAAAAAUAUUGAUACAUUUUUCAAGAUCUAAAGCUCCAGCGAGGAACUCUUGGUUUGUGUUCAUAAUGGCGCCCCCCUGUGGACAAAACACUUUGCUUAUUGUGCGGUCUAUCUAUUUAAGAAGACGAUCAAAUGCAUCAUUCAUUGUGAAUGUUUUGUAUGUAAAAUAAAGGCUGUCUUCUAGUUUAUCAGCUGAAA